AUGGACCCAGCAGCUUGCAACCCUUCGGAGGAGCUAAGGGACGACAUUAUUUUCACCGUUGAGAAUCUUCUCAGCCUGUGGCUGGAACACCCCCCACAGGAGCUUCGUCGCGCUGUGGAAACGCGCCUACAGCGGCUCUUCUCUGGUCUUCCGUGGCUGUUUAGCUCGCUCUCCCCGACCACACAGGCCUUCCUCCAGCACACACCUCACCUGCUCUCCGCCACUCCUGCCUCGCUGCCCGACUCGUCGGAUGUGUUUUUGCCCGGCCUGUUGGAGCCGUCUGCGGGGAGGAAACGCCGAUCGCGCCGCCGGCGUGCCACCCCACAGCCGGUCGUUCGGACUUUUAAUUCGCCGGCUGUGGUGAGUGAGGACUCUCUUCCGUUCUUGGACUGUGUGACUGUUCGUUCUGGGGCUGUCUUCUGUGCGGCAGAUGAUUAUGUGAACAGCUCAUCGCCUGCUCAGCAGCCACUCUCUGCUCAGUUAGCGGCCCAGCAGCCUCUCUCAGCUCAGGCUCCAGUGCCUCUCUCAGCUCAGGCUCCAGUGCCUCUCUCAGCUCAGCCUCCAGCGCCUCCUUCAGUUCAGCCUCCAGCGCCUCCUUCAGUUCAGCCUCCAGCGCCUCCUUCAGUUCAGCCUCCAGCGCCUCCUUCAGUUCAGUCUCCAGCGCCUCCUUCAGUUCAGUCUCCAGCGCCUCCUUCAGUUCAGUCUCCAGCGCCUCCUUCAGUUCAGUCUCCAGCGCCUCCUUCAGUUCAGUCUCCAGCGCCUCCUUCAGUUCAGUCUCCAGUGCCUCCUUCAGUUCAGUCUCCAGUGCCUCCUUCAGUUCAGUCUCCAGUGCCUCCUUCAGUUCAGUCUCCAGUGCCUCCUUCAGUUCAGUUAGCUGCCCAGCAGCCACCCUCUGCCCAGUUUCCUAUGCUCCCUGUGCCGCCUGUAGUCCAGGCCCCAGUGCCGCCUGUAGUCCAGGCCCCAGUGCCGCCUUCCCCAGUGCCACCCAUAGCUCAGUUUCCAGUGCCCCCUUCAGCUCAGUUUCCAGUGCCCCCUUCAGCUCAGUCUCCAGUGCCACCUGUAGGUCAGGCCCCUGUGCCCCCAGUGUCCCCUGUAGGUCAGGCCCCUGUAGGUCAGGCCCCUGUGCCCCUUUCAGCUCAGGCCCCUGUGCCCCCAGUGUCGCCGGUAGUUCAGGCCCCUGUGCCUCCAGUGUCACCGUUACUUGCAGUUCAGGUUCCAGUAUUACCAGGUUCACCCGUUCACUCCAUGCAGGGAGAAAGCUUUAUGUCUACGCAGUGUACUUUUCAGGGUUUAGCCGCCGCUGGCACAGUUGGCCACUCCAGGGCAUCCCCAGAGGCUAGGUCUCAGUCCCCAGCCGAUUCUGGACCCCUGAAGAUUAAGCAGCCCCCUGAGAACCACAUCAUGUCAGCGUUGCCUGGGCAGAGCCAGUGCUCAGUGCAUUGUCAGUCGCCACUGUGUCAGCUAGUGGCCUCCAUGACUGCUGGCUUGGUCAUGGCUUCUGCUGGAGGAUCCAUGGGACCGCUCCGGCCUUCGUCUCGUGUCUCCGCUGGAGGGUCCGAGGGACCGCUCCGGCCUUCGUCUCGUGUCUCCGCUGGAGGGUCCGAGGGACCGCUCCGGCCUUCGUCGUCAGUCUUCCCUGGAGGAUCCAAGGGACCCGUCCAGCCUGCAGCGCCUCCGGCUCCCACGCCGCCGCCUGCAGCGCCUCCGGCUCCGGCUCCCAUGCUGCCGCCUGCUGCAGCGCAUCCGUCUCCGGCUACCACGCCGGCGCCUGCUGCAGCGCCUCCGCUUCCGGCUUCCACGCCGCCGCCUGCUGCAGCGCCUCUGCUUCCGUCUCCAGUGCCUCCUUCAGCGCAGUCUCCAGUGCCUCCUUCAGUUCAGUUAGCUGCCCAGCAGCCACCCUCUGCCCAGUUUCCUAUGCUCCCUGUGCCGCCUGUAGUCCAGGCCCCAGCGCCGCCUGUAGUCCAGGCCCCAGCGCCUCCAGUGUCACUUUCAGUUCAGUCCCCAGUGCCACCCGUAGCUCAGUUUCCAGUGCCCCCUUCAGCUCAGUCUCCAGUGCCACCUGUAGGUCAGGCCCCUGUGCCCCUUUCAGCUCAGGCCCCUGUGCCCCCAGUGUCGCCGGUAGUUCAGGCCCCUGUGCCCCUUUCAGCUCAGGCCCCUGUGCCCCCAGUGUCGCCGGUAGUUCAGGCCCCUGUGCCUCCAGUGUCACCGUUACUUGCAGUUCAGGUUCCAGUAUUACCAGGUUCACCCGUUCACUCCAUGCAGGGAGAAAGCUUUAUGUCUACGCAGUGUACUUUUCAGGGUUUAGCCGCCGCUGGCACAGUUGGCCACUCCAGGGCAUCCCCAGAGGCUAGGUCUCAGUCCCCAGCCGAUUCUGGACCCCUGAAGAUUAAGCAGCCCCCUGAGAACCACAUCAUGUCAGCGUUGCCUGGGCAGAGCCAGUGCUCAGUGCAUUGUCAGUCGCCACUGUGUCAGCUAGUGGCCUCCAUGACUGCUGGCUUGGUCAUGGCUUCUGCUGGAGGAUCCAUGGGACCGCUCCGGCCUUCGUCUCGUGUCUCCGCUGGAGGGUCCGAGGGACCGCUCCGGCCUUCGUCGUCAGUCUUCCCUGGAGGAUCCAAGGGACCCGUCCAGCCUGCAGCGCCUCCGGCUCCCACGCCGCCGCCUGCAACGCCUCCGUCUCCGGCUCCCAUGCUGCCGCCUGCUGCAGCGCCUCCGUCUCCGGCUACCACUCCGUCGCCUGCUGCAGCGCCUCCGCUUCUGGCUUCCACGCCGCCGCCUGCUGCAGCGCCUCCGCCUCCGUCUCCAGUGCCUCCUUCAGUUCAGUCUCCAGUGCCUCCUUCAGUUCAGUUAGCUGCCCAGCAGCCACCCUCUGCCCAGUUUCCUAUGCUCCCUGUGCCGCCUGUAGUCCAGGCCCCAGUGCCGCCUGUAGUCCAGGCCCCAGUGCCGCCUGUAGUCCAGGCCCCAGUGCCGCCUGUAGUCCAGGCCCCAGUGCCUCCAGUGUCACUUUCAGUUCAGUCCCCAGUGCCACCCAUAGCUCAGUUUCCAGUGCCCCCUUCAGCUCAGUUUCCAGUGCCCCCUUCAGCUCAGUCUCCAGUGCCACCUGUAGGUCAGGCCCCUGUGCCCCCAGUGUCCCCUGUAGGUCAGGCCCCUGUAGGUCAGGCCCCUGUGCCCCUUUCAGCUCAGGCCCCUGUGCCCCCAGUGUCGCCGGUAGUUCAGGCCCCUGUGCCUCCAGUGUCACCGUUACUUGCAGUUCAGGUUCCAGUAUUACCAGGUUCACCCGUUCACUCCAUGCAGGGAGAAAGCUUUAUGUCUACGCAGUGUACUUUUCAGGGUUUAGCCGCCGCUGGCACAGUUGGCCACUCCAGGGCAUCCCCAGAGGCUAGGUCUCAGUCCCCAGCCGAUUCUGGACCCCUGAAGAUUAAGCAGCCCCCUGAGAACCACAUCAUGUCAGCGUUGCCUGGGCAGAGCCAGUGCUCAGUGCAUUGUCAGUCGCCACUGUGUCAGCUAGUGGCCUCCAUGACUGCUGGCUUGGUCAUGGCUUCUGCUGGAGGAUCCAUGGGACCGCUCCGGCCUUCGUCUCGUGUCUCCGCUGGAGGGUCCGAGGGACCGCUCCGGCCUUCGUCUCGUGUCUCCGCUGGAGGGUCCGAGGGACCGCUCCGGCCUUCGUCGUCAGUCUUCCCUGGAGGAUCCAAGGGACCCGUCCAGCCUGCAGCGCCUCCGGCUCCCACGCCGCCGCCUGCAGCGCCUCCGUCUCCGGCUCCCAUGCUGCCGCCUGCUGCAGCGCCUCCGUCUGCGGCUACCACGCCGCCGCCUGCUGCAGCGCCUCCGCUUCCGGCUUCCACGCCGCCGCCUGCUGCAGCGCCUCCGCUUCCGGCUUCCACGCCGCCGCCUGCUGCAACGCCUCCGCCUCCGGCUUCCACGCCGCCACCUCUCUCAGCUCAGUCUCCAGUGCCUCCUUCAGCUCAGUCUCCAUCUCCAGUGCCUCCUUCAGCUCAGUCUCCAGUGCCUCCUUCAGCUCAGUUAGCUGCCCAGCAGCCACCCUCUGCCCAGUUUCCUAUGCUCCCUGUGCCGCCUGUAGUCCAGGCCCCAGUGCCGCCUGUAGUCCAGGCCCCAGUGCCUCCAGUGUCACUUUCAGUUCAGUCCCCAGUGCCACCCAUAGCUCAGUUUCCAGUGCCCCCUUCAGCUCAGUUUCCAGUGCCCCCUUCAGCUCAGUCUCCAGUGCCACCUGUAGGUCAGGCCCCUGUGCCCCCAGUGUCCCCUGUAGGUCAGGCCCCUGUGCCCCUUUCAGCUCAGGCCCCUGUGCCCCCAGUGUCGCCGGUAGUUCAGGCCCCUGUGCCUCCAGUGUCACCGUUACUUGCAGUUCAGGUUCCAGUAUUACCAGGUUCACCCGUUCACUCCAUGCAGGGAGAAAGCUUUAUGUCUACGCAGUGUACUUUUCAGGGUUUAGCCGCCGCUGGCACAGUUGGCCACUCCAGGGCAUCCCCAGAGGCUAGGUCUCAGUCCCCAGCCGAUUCUGGACCCCUGAAGAUUAAGCAGCCCCCUGAGAACCACAUCAUGUCAGCGUUGCCUGGGCAGAGCCAGUGCUCAGUGCAUUGUCAGUCGCCACUGUGUCAGCUAGUGGCCUCCAUGACUGCUGGCUUGGUCAUGGCUUCUGCUGGAGGAUCCAUGGGACCGCUCCGGCCUUCGUCUCGUGUCUCCGCUGGAGGGUCCGAGGGACCGCUCCUGCCUUCGUCUCUAGUCUCCGCUGGAGGGUCCGAGGGACCGCUCCGGCCUUCGUCGUCAGUCUUCCCUGGGGGAUCCAAGGGACCCGUCCAGCCUGCAGCGCCUCCGGCUCCCACGCCGCCGCCUGCAGCGCCUCCGUCUCCAGCUCCCAUGCCACCGCCUGCUGCAGCGCCUCCGCUUCCGGCUUCCACGCCGCCGCCUGCUGCAGCGCCUCCGCUUCCGCGCCUCCGUCUCUGGCUUCCUCGCCAGCUGCAGCCUCAUCACCCUCGCCAGCUGCAGCCUCAUCACCCUCGCCAACUGCAGCCACAUCACCCUCGCCAGCUGCAGCCGCUGCUUCUGCGUCGCCUGGCCCUGCCUCAUCUAGGGCUGCAGCUAACCGGCCGCUUUCCAGGCCACUGGCCAGGCGCCAUCGCCACCGUUGCCUUCCACACGGCCGGCCCCCGGACGCCUUUCGCCUGA